AUGGAGAAAUUCCAUGGGUGUAUAUCUGCUCACCCAGAUGUCCUCUCCUUGGAGAACCAGUGUCUGGUCAUGCUUCCUGACCUGAAGACCAUGGAGAAACCACAUGGACAUAUGUCUUCCCACCCAAAUAUUCUCUCCUUGGAAAACCGGUGUCUGGCUUCACUUCCCAACCUGAAGACCCUAGAGAAACCACAUGGGAAUAUUUCUGCCCAUCCAGAUGUCCUCUCCUUGGAGAACCGGUGCCUGGCCACCCUCCCCAGUCUAAAGAGCAGUGUGUCUGCCAGCCCCUUGUUCCAGUGUCUCCAGAAAUCUCACAUGGAGCAAGCUGAUUUGUACAGCCAGAACACCAGUAGUUGCCUGCUCUCUGAGGCUCCAACUUGGAGGGUUCAGUCUUUUUCUAAGAGACUAGACUUUCUGACCUGCCCCAUGACCCUGAAAUCCAUCUCUGUCACAAAGACAGCUCAGGAAACAGUUUUGGAUCAUCAGUCCUAUUCAGAAGAAGAGAAAAAGGCUGAAGAAAAGGAAGGGGCAGAGACCCAAAUGCCUUUUUAUAAUCUGAGCUUGGGAGAGGAAGAGAAGGUGGAGGAGUUGGCCCUGAAGCUAACCUGUGGGGACUCUGUAUCUUGUUCUGAGCCAACUGACCAGAUCCUUCAAGAAAAGAAGAUGGCUCUAAUGAACUUGCUGUGCUCUACUUUGGUCUCAAAUAUGAACAUAAAACAUGAAGGUGACCCUACCCAGGUUUCCAUCCUUGAAGUCUGUAGUGAACUUGCCCCCUUGGAGCCUGAGUUUAUCCUCAAGGCAUCUUUGUACACCAGGCAGCAGCUGAAUGUCCGUAAUGUGGCCAAUAAAGUCUUGGCCAUUGCUGCCUUCUUGCCGGCCUGCCGGCCCUACCUGCGACAAUAUUUCUGUGCCAUUGUCCAGCUGCCUUCUGAUUGGAUCCAGGUAGCUGAGUUCUACCAGAAUCUGGCUGAAAAAGAUGAGAACAAGCUGGUACCCCUGCCUGCUUGCCUCCGUGCUGCUAUGACUGACAAAUUUGCCCAGUUUGAUGAAUACCAACUGGCUAAGUACAACCCUCGGAAACACCGGGCCAAGAGACGCCCUCGCCGGCCCCCUCGCUCUCCAAAUAUGGAGCGUUCAUUUUCUAGGAAGUGUUUUCCAAGGCUCUUUCGAUUUCUUAAAGAGGAACAGAUAAAGGUGAGCCACUUGUUCUGGGGUUAUAUAUAUGCUUGUGCAGGCUUUUCCAGGCUAUUUGAGAAGUCCUACAGUGCAGCGUCAGAGAAAAAUAAUCUACCAAGGUUCACCCUAAAGAAGUUGGUUCAGCGACUGCACAUCCAGGAACCUGCCCAGCAUGUCCAAGCCCUACUGGGCUGCAGGUGA